AUGUCGAUUACGAGCAUAUUGAAAGUGCGGGAUUAUAUAGAUGUGUUAUGCAAAGCCGUAAAUGAACAGUUAGUGGAUGCUGGUAUCGUUUCUGUAUCGCAGUUAGUAAAAACAUGGGAUUUGGCAACUGAAAUAUUGAAUAGUCUGGUUUUGGUAGAAGUUGGCUCAAAAAUUGAUGCUAUACGCGAUGGUGAUGCACUUUAUACUCGAUCUUAUUUAUCAGCUCAGCGAAAUAUCAUUAGAGCUAUGCUUUGUGGACUGACCAAAGUGACACCAAUAGAUAGACUUCAGUCGGAAUUGCAACUAACAAAUACAAUGUUUUGGUCACUUUUCGAUGAACUUGAUGCAGUGAAAGAGGCUCCUGGGAAAAUAAUUGGUGCUCGUACUUCGAGUCGCUGUCUAUAUCAUCCAAAUAUUUAUACGAUUCUGGUUAAACAGUAUAUAUUAAAGACUUUCUUACAAGAGGGGAUGUUGAGGUUAGCAGUAUUUAAAAAACUUUUCAUAUCAGAGCCGAAGAUUUAUAUGAAAGAAAUAUUACAAGACAUGGAGCAUUCGACGCUAAUAUAUUUCCCAUCCGCUAUUUUAAGCAUAAAAGUUUGGAAUGAAAUUGAAGCAGUUGUGAAGGAAGAGAUGAAUUCCAAAUCGGUUGUUGAUGUCCGACUGCAUAUGCCAGAAAUUGUUCAAAGUAGGGCAGACAUUGAGCAAGCAAUCAUUUCUUUGGUGAAAAAUAACGAGAAUUGGUUGUUUGUCCCCGGUAUUUCUUAUAUCUACAGUCAACAACUUCUCUCAUUUGCGAUGAAAGCUUUGGAUGGUUUGAUCAAUAUACGGGCUGAAGAGAUUACUUCCAUCUGGGGUAAACAGAAAGCAUUCAAAAAACAGGAAAAAAAACAAGAUGAGGAGUGGAAUACAGCGAAGAGCAAGAAAGGUAAAGGUGGGAAAGGAAAAACUUUGAAACAGAUUCUCCCUGAAGAAUCAACUCUAGACCUGCUUAUUAGAUUGUCCGAAGAGGAAAUAAUCAAGGAACUGAAAAAGACGAAUGAUAUACCAAAUGAAUUGCUAGAGGAUGUUACUGAGCAGAUACGGACAAAAGCAGAAAAUUUAUUGAGAAGUCGAACAGAAUUACUGCUGGAUAAUGUGCAUGCGAUAUCCAUACAAGAUCACAAACGUGCUCAUGCACAGCUGCAGGAAACAUUAUGUGCGCUGUAUGACAAUAUUUGUAUUUUCGAAGAUGGUGCAGCCACUUUUGAAGAUACAGUGGCUUCUAAUCUCCAAAUACAUCUUCUUCGCACAUUGUGUACAGAUUUUGCAAAUAAUGUAUUAUCUUAUAUAUCGAGAACACAAAAUGUUGAUACUCUUAACACAAAGGCUCGCAAUGAAACAAUAGCGAAUAUUGAGAAUGCGGAAAAUCGCAAGGCAGUUGAGAAAUUGUUUACAGCAUUGUCAACAAAGGAUCUCGAAUCGUUCCAUGAUGCAGUAUUUGGUGUUUGUACAUCAGCUGUUUGCGCCUUGAAUUUAAAAAUGCCUGAUAAAAAACGACGCAUAGAAUUAAUCAAAACCUAUGAAGAUCAAUUGGUGAGUCAGUUACGCGAAUGCACAGAUCCGCCUUCCGGUCUUCUUUUAACACUGCUAAUAUUGCUAGCAAGAAAUGAAAAAAUUGCUGUUCACGCCUCUGGGAAAUUUGUUUCACAUCUAAUUGCAAAGGUCGAAAGGCAUCCGAAAACGAAUGCGGAGCUUGCCGAAUUAUUGACGAGCUCCCAGAAAAUGAUUAUUUUGAGCAUGCAUGCAAAAGAUGAUGUAAAUCUGAUGACAAAAUUGAAUGAGAAAUUAGUAGCAUUAAUAGCAGCGGUAAACGGUUUCGACUAUGUGGCGAGUUGA